AUGGAAAGCCCUGACCAGAUGAAUCUUUGCGCUAUCUGCCUCAGCGGCAUGGGCGUCGGCGGCGGGCAAGCCAUCUUCAUGGCCGAGUGCUCCCACAUGUUCCACUUUCACUGCAUCUCCGCUAGCGUCGCGUAUGGCCACCUCCUCUGCCCGCUCUGCAAUGCGCCCUGGCGCGAACUGCCAUUCGUGCGACCGGCGGCGGCAUCAGUGCCGCCCACCCAGCCACCGGUACAGCCGCCGUCCGUGGAUGUCGUGCCGCUACCUCUACGACUAUCAGUAACCACCCAGCCCGAAAAUCUGGACGUCUUCGACAACGUCUUCGACGACGACGAGCAGGUGGAGCCGGCAGCAGCCGCACCAUCCAACAGAGCGGUGGUCGUCAAGACAUACACCGACUACUCGGCCGUCGCCAGAGACUCGUCUCGCGACAACUUCGCCGUGCUCGUGCACCUCAAGGCUACCGGCACCGAAGCGCCACGCGAGCCGCUCGACCUCGUGAUGGUGCUCGACGUCAGCAGAAGCAUGCACGGGCGCAAGCUCGAGCUGCUGAAGCAGGCGAUGAGGUUCGUCGUGGACAUCCUCGGCCCGGAAGACCGCCUCUGUAUCGUGUCCUUCUCGUCCACGGCGCGCCGCGUGACACGGCUCAUGCGCAUGACGGACGCCGGGAAGGCGCUGUGCGUGCGCGCCGUGCAGUCCCUCACGGCGCUUCGCGGCACCAACAUCGCCGAGGGGCUCCGCACCGCCGCCAAGGUGCUCGACGAGCGCCGGUACAGGAACGGCUUUUCAAGCGUGGUGCUGCUCUCCGACGGCCAGGACAACUGCACCUUGACGAGACAGGCGCUCGGCAGCAGACCGCCCAACUACGCGGCGCUCGUCCCGCCAUCCCUUGCGCGCAUGGGCACCACCACAGGCGGUCGCACAGCGCCCAUCCACACGUUCGGCUUCGGCAGAAGCCACGACGCGGCUGCGAUGCACGUCAUCGCCGAGGCGUCGGGUGGCACGUUCUCGUUUAUCGAGAACGAGGCGGUGAUCCAGGACGCGUUCGCGCAGUGUGUCGGCGGGCUGCUCUCCGUCGUGGUUCAGGACGCGCGUCUCGCGGUUGCCUGCGUGCAUCCUGGCGUUCGUGUCGUUUCAGUCAAGUCUGGGGUUUACGAGAGCCGCGUCGACGAGGACGGCCGCGCUGCGUCGGUCGCGGUGGGCGAACUCUACGCCGACGAGGAGAGGCGUUUCUUGCUAUUCUUGGCCGUACCGGCAGCAGGAGAAACGGACGGUGAAGUCACUACUCUGCUGAAAGUUUCCUGCGUCUACCGAGACGCGACCGCCGGCGUGGAAUUCAGCGUGACGGCCGAGGACGCGGUGGUGGCGAGGCCGGAACACGCGCCGGACUUGGCACGGUCGGUGGAGGUGGAGCGGGAGCUCAUCCGGGUCGAGACCACCGAGGACAUUGCGGCGUCGAGGGCGGCAGCAGAGCGGGGUGCGCACCAGGAAGCGGUGGAGAUACUCGAGAACCGGUGGCGAGCGGUGGCGCAGUCCGACGCGGCACGAGGCGGCGACGCCAUGAUCGCGGCGCUGGAGAUCGAGCUGCGGGGCAUGCUCGGGCGCGUGUCGAGCCAGCAGAACUACGCACGAUCGGGGCGGGCGCACAUGCUCGCUGGCAUGAGCGCGCACAUGCACCAGCGGAGCAGCUCCAGCUCUCUGGGCAGUUGGUCGGAGCUGGAGCUGCUGCUGCCAUCGGCGAUUGGAUUCCACGCUGGAGGGGUGACGACGUCCAUGGAAGGAACACGCCAGGAUUCGCAUCGAGUCGAUGCGACGCUGCCCUACGCGACGCCGGCCAUACUCGCGAUGCUGUUGCGGUCGCGGAGGGCCCGCGAGGCGGCAGCCGAGGGCCGGCUGGAGCGGGAAGAAGCCGAAGGCUCCGAUCCGAACUGA